AUGCAUUUAUUCAGAGCACCAUACGAUGCGCUCCGACAGUCCGUUACAGCCAGUGUUCCCGCAAUGUUUAAACAGGCCCUUAGUUUUACUAAGGCUGUCUACUUGCUCCAGCCCUUGGCUGCCACAGCGCUUCCGGCGUCUGCUGAAGGUUCAACUGGCUCAAGUAUGGUUAAAGGCAGUUAUGUGGUAAAGAGUGAAUGA